UGUGUUUUCAAAUUUCUCCGGCGCAGUGUGGACGCUGCCUCAGAUUACGCGGUCCAGAGAGAGUGGCGCCAGAAAUGUACGCUGGAUGUCGCCCCGCAGUGACCUUUUCGUGUUGUAUUUAGCUUGAGAGCAGAAUCUUGGCAAAGAGGAUGAAAUAAUUAAGGAAAGCUGAGCCCAAAGGGUCACGUUUAAUGUGUCUUCAUGGCAAAAAGGACCAAUGGAAACAAAAGGGUCUCUAAUGAUCGACUUCUGAAAUGAAAAUAAACAGGAUGUCAUUACAUAUUUUUGUUUCUGAUUACACUGCCGUGGCUCUAAUAAAUACUUCCCAUAAAAUUGGCUUUGACACAAGCUUCUCGUUUCUCAAGUGAGCAAGUAUUUGGAGUGCCUCUCGGAACAGACAGCCUUUAAGGUCCCAGUCCCAGAUGGCGCGCUUUCUCCUGGUCGUAUUCGUCUUGCUAAGUUCUACAUCUGGUAGCCAUCUUCAUAAAGGUGACGACCUGACCGAAGGUUCUCCUUCUAAAAAGGUCGUGGAUUUCACUGUUCACAUCAGCGAGGCUGGAGAAAAAUACAACGAGAAGAUCGAGGUGGAUCCAAACAAGCGAACAGAAUUGUUUCAAGUUCCCGCUCAUCCUGGAGUGGAUCGCAGUGACACCUUACAUGACUUCAAACAAAAACUUACCAUCGUGCGAUUCCCCGACAGCAAGAAUUGCUAUGUCUUCCCUCUUCAAAACGAACAAUCCGCGCCUAAAAAACUGAUCAGAGAUCUCGUGGAGGCCAAGCAGACUGUUAUUACAGAGACCAGGCGGGUUGAUACCACAUGGGUCACUGACAACGAAGUGACUGACCGUGCUGUCCUUGCUGAUGAAUUAACAGAGUUUUGUGCGCAGUAUCGGAUAUACCACGUGAGAGAGGCGUUAGAGAGUCUGGAAGUGACAGGCAUCCGAACAGAAGGAAGAACAAAUCGGGUGCGUAGACAGAGCGGAAGUGGUCUAGAAAAUGGUACAGCACUGUGCCCAGGUGGUAUGGACCUUAGUGAAGCCAGCGAAGCCUGUUCUGAGCCCAAAUUAGACUGCAAGACAGAAUACACUUGUGGUAAGAUCGUUAAAUGUAGAAAUGUCACGCGUGAAACAACUAACGUGCGUGACCGGCGUCUCAGAAUUGGAAGAAUGUUACGUCUCUUCAACCGCAGAGGUUAUAUGGGUUUUCAUCAUCGCCUUCGACAUCGACGAUUUCGCAGGGAUUCUCGCAGCCUUUCUCGUCGAUCAGUCAUUUGUAGGAAUGUUCACAUCACAAGGAAAGUCACAGUAUGUUGCAAGUACAUUUGCAGCAAGGCUGAAAAUUCUGACAACGAAGGAGCAGAGAUUUUUGAAAGGCGUCACAUCAGAUUUGGUUAAUAACAAGGGAACCCUUCGUCAUUAUAUUUCUGUCAACCGUGAUUUGGGGCAUUCUGGUUUUCAUAUUUUAGGAGGGCUCGAGGGUAGAAGGGACAACGUGAAAUGAUCAAGAUGGUUGGGGGGGGGCGAUGUUCUACUAUACAGCCUUGAGUCGUGACUGACUAUCAUAAUUAGACAUACCAAAAAACAGAUGCUGUAGUUUGAUUCAUGAAAAUUGCUUGAACCGUGUGGUCAACAACUAAUCUCUGCUCACAAUAUCGCUGCAAUGUAAAGUAUGAAAGUAAGGAGAAGAUAGGUAACCAUCAUCUAAGGGAACGUGUCUUGAUAGAGAGAAAUUAAACGUGUAAGGUGAGAAAAUUACCUUGACGCUGUUCUAACCCACAGACUGAAAUUGUUUGAGAACCUUUCUUUUUUUAACUUCGUUCUUACUUAAGCAAGCUAUGUUUUUAUUUUCUUUACAUAUAAAAUGGAUGAAAGCGUCAGAUUAUAUUACACGGCUCUCAGGGUUACCCAUUUUGUUGUUUUCUUUUUUUCUUAGCUAGAUUUCGGCCGGAGCGCGAGCUUCUCUCUCGAACAGCGGCUGGUAAUCGAGCCCAUCUUUUCUCGAGAACAGUGUCGUGAAGUUAUUUCAGCACAUCAACGUUGCUUCGCCAGUAUCCUUUCUGAGGAAAACGAAACUUGGUUACUGGCAACGAAACCGCCAGCUUUGUUUUGUGUUUCUUAAAGUUAUCAUUGCCGGCCCAUUUCGAGAGAUCAAAAGAUGAAGUUGCUAAUCAAUUCAUACUUUCUAAUGGUAGGAUUUGUAGAGCUCAUAUCUCUUAUAUAACAAGGUUUUAAUUACAUGUGUUUUAACAGACCGCUCAAGAUCGCUUCAAGCGUGAAACUUGACGAGUAACUGUAGUUUCUAUAAAAUUUGAAUUUAUACAUUUCUUUCAGUGGUUCUGACACGUUCAUCCCACAUUUCCCAAAAUUAAAAAAAAAGUUUUCAGUGUUCUCUGGGAUUCCCCCGAGGUUAAAAUCUUAAAAACAUCGGCCCACCAUAUACACUUUUUUUAUCUUAAAAUCACUGUCGAGGAAGGCAAGUUCUGACUAGGGAAAGAUUGACUUUUAAAAAUUUUAACGUUGGAAGAACUGCUGGAAAAAAAAAUAAACUUUUCGAUACUUUUUUUCUUUUCUUUUCUUUUUUUUUUUUUUGUCGUCGUUCAGUUAAGUUAACUUCUAAUAGCUAGCAAUCACGGAAGUUAGUGGAGGCCUAGUGGCUUCAUGGUUAGUGCGCUCGUCUCCGGAUUGAGCGGUUUGGGUUAGAGCCCUGGCCGGGGACAUUGUGUUGUAUUCUUGGGCAAGAUACUUAAAUUGAAUCUCACAGUGCUUCUCUCCACCCAGGUGAAAAAAUGGGUACCAGCGCAAUUACGAAUGCUGGGGGUAACCCUUCGAUGGACCAGUAUCCCAUCCAUGGGGGGAGUAGAAAUACUCCUAGUCGCUUCAUGCUACAGAAACCGGGAUAGGCUCCGGUCUGAUGGGCCACUUUGCUCUUAUGCAGACUUUUACUAAAAUUAGCUACCAGAUAGAGUUGACCCAAUGACGUUCUGUAAGUGUAUACAUAUACAUAAACAGAGAGAUCAGAGGCAUGGUUAUAGAUGAGAGAUCAGACUUGAAGUACUUAGCGCCGGCUAACUCCUUACUUCAUAGCAUUAACUAAAACUUAAGGUAAUGGGCGUUUACAUAUUUUUCAGAAUAUGUACGAAUCAUUCGGCAUCUCGAAGUUUAUAUUAACCAUAGGUUAGAGCGACAUUGCGUCUAUUUCAGCAUGUUUUAGUGCCUUUGUUACAAGUAACCGUUGUGUAAAUUUUUGUUUUAAUAAAUGAUGCUACGAGAAAAACAAAA